AUGCUGAGCAGGGAGACGCCAUUCAGCAGUCCCGAUCGGGACUCUGCUGCGACGAUGAGGAAGACAGUAAAGUGCAGUCUUCAUCUUCAGCGACCGCCAUUCGAUUCAAUGACCAGUCGCUUGCGAAACAUUCUCAGACAGCUUAUAUGCAAGAGCCAAGACGACAGACUCACUGCAGCAGCGGCACUGGAGCAUUCUUGGAUCGUGGGCAAGUCUGACAAGACUGGCAGCAGCUCCUCCAGCAAGAAGAAAGAGAAGGUGUUGGAGCCAUUGUCGCCAGUUCCCGUUGUCGAAGAACGGUCCGGUGCCGAUGCCGGGCAGACGCAGCCAGACGACACUCCUACACAAGGAGGCUAUUUGCAAUCUGCUGGCGUUCAGCAGAGCAACCUGCCGUUGGCCCAGCGUCGCAACAAUAAUCUGGUGUUGUAUCACAUGGCACAGUCUUCGUUGUGCUGCCAAGUCUGCGAGCGAUCGAUGGAUGUGGUGCUUCAGGAUAACCUGACGACCGUCAUGCUAGCGAGAUCUUGGGAGAGUGGCAUCGUGAGCAUCAUGGGGUGGAUGCGGUGCGGUUCUUUCUUGGCGCUGCUGGCUCUCGCCGGGGCGUCCAACAUCUCAUGCCUGGAUUCCUUCCGCUCCGUCACCCCCUUGUCAAUCCAAGAAAAGCAUUGCCUCCUGCCUCAGCUGGAUGCAUUGGUUGACUCGCCCCAGCGCUUCUACUUCGAGAAGAUUGGGGUUGUGGUAGGCUAUGAGAUCUUGUCCAAGCUCGGGGAGAUUGAGUUCACCUUUGCAGUGCCAACUACGGGUUGGUUCGGCUUCGGGAUCUCAGAAGUAGGGAGCAUGAUUGGAGCCGACAUGGUGAUUUUGGAGGAUGGGCCGAAUGGAUUCGAACUCACUGAUUCCUAUUCCCACGGCUUCGAGCGUCCUGUCGCAGACAAGCUUCAGAACUGGCAAGCCCAGAGCAUCACUCACUUGAGCCUGGGGGAAACCUGUUUGGGACAGACGGUUGUGACCAAGGCCGUGCUCAGACGAAUGAUGAAGACGUGCGAUGCCGAGGAUGAGGACCUAGGGCCUCAGUGGAUACAGAACUACUUCGUGGCUGCCUAUGGCGAUGGGCGCAUGAACUACCAUGGCCAGGCCCUCGAGGCUGUGGAGGUGGACAUUCUGGGUCCAAGCAUCCGU